GGAAAGUACAUAUUUUAUUGCAGGAAUUAAUUUACUUGCAUAGUAGGUGUACACGCGUAAACUUCACAGUUUACGACAGGUUCCAGAAGAUGUCUUCUCUGAAGAGUUACGAUAAUACCGAUCCUUUGGUGCAGUAUUGUGUAAAUCAUUCAUUGAGAUUAACCGACGUGCAAAAACGACUGAAUGACGCAACUCUGCAGCACCGUAGAGCGGCGAUGUUGGGGGCUCCUGAAGUUCUGCAGCUCAAUGCCAACAUAAUGCAGGCUAUCGGGGCAAAGAAAGUACUAGACAUUGGGGUGUUCACAGGCGCCAGUUCACUCUCUGCUGCUCUGGCACUGCCUCCUAAUGGGAAGGUUCACGCCCUAGACAUAAGUGAAGAGUUUACCAACAUAGGCAAACCGUAUUGGGAGGAAGCUGGAGUUAGCAACAAGAUAAGUCUGCACAUCGCUCCAGCUGCUGAGACUCUCCAGAAGUUCAUUGAUGCAGGGGAAGCAGGCACCUUCGAUUAUGCUUUCAUUGACGCCGACAAGGAGAGUUAUGAUCGAUACUAUGAACUUUGCCUCAUUCUCUUGCGCCCUGGUGGAGUCAUCGCCUUCGACAACACACUCUGGGAUGGAGCUGUGAUCGACCCCACUGAUCAAAAACCUGGCACGCUUGCUAUCAGGAAAAUGAACGAAAAACUGAAAGAUGACCAGAGAAUUAACAUCUCAUUCCUGAAGAUUGGUGAUGGCUUGUCUCUCUGUUUUAAAAAAUGAAUAGUUUUCCACCUGAUAGGCACACAUCUUCCGCAGUAGUAAUUCAUGUUUCAGGAGAAUGCAUUGACAAUGAUUGGAUAAUUUGACCCCAAAUGCAGUACAAGCAUGAAAUGUAUUUAAACCUUUUGCCUAUCAUUUACUACCCCUUCAUGCAGCGUGUGUCAAAUAAACAUCGUCCAUUG